AUGAGUUGGUCUGGUAUAUUGAGGUCCUCCUCCUCUAACACACUGCGGCGGUCUGAGGCACUCUAUUGGUCACUUCAAUCGUAUUCCCAGGCAUACUUUUCAGGUAGUUGGAAUAGAUAUCUACUGGCGGCCUCUAUUGUUUGGGAGAAUGGUUUAUUUGGUGCCACAACUAAAGAUACCAGGAAGCGACUAAACAAAACCAGAGUCGGGAAAACGCAUCUGGAGAAAUUCUGGCAUCAAAAGAGGAAGUUAUCAUCAUGGUCUCCAAGCUGUGCUUCGGCAGUCAAUAUAACUUCUAGUAGAUCACCUGAAUUUGCUGGCUCUGCAAGCAUCGGUCAGAUCUCUAAAGGGCCUGAAAUGGGUGCUGUGCCCAGAGACCUCAUCAAUGCUCUAAAUCCCAAGAAUCUAAGUGAUUUAGAACUGAUUGAAUCAUGGAGGAAAGAGAUCACGUCGACAGAUAGGCGACGCCAGAUGCAGGCUCUAGCAAAGAAGCAGGAGCUAUAUUCACAUUUUCUAUCAUCUCUACAGAGGACCCCAAACGAGGACCUUUUGGAGCAACUUCUUGCAUUGGUACACUGCGUGCCACACCCACACUCGUCAGUAGACUAUAAUUUUCGCAUUUACCUCCUCCGCAUUAGUGGGGAACUUGACAUGAUUUCUUGUUGUCUUGAAGAGGCUAGUAACCAAUUGUCCAAAGACGAGUUUUUGGCGGUUCUAAGAGCAGUCGUUGAUGAUUUCAUUUCGUCGCAUACUCCAAUUCCACCAUCAUUUUUAAAUAUUUUUGCAUCAACCAUUCUAAAGUAUGAUGGAACUUUGGAAUUAUUAUCACGCCGCUAUCAUGAAGAGCGAUCCAUUUUAAAAAGCAUUAUACGACACCUUUCCACUGCAUCUCCAACACUAACUAGCAUUCUCGAUGACUUUCUUCGUAACAGUCCACAUUUUGGUUCCAUGCUUGUGACAACAUGCAUAGAUAUUCUCGGGCAGCCAGAGGAUGUAAAACCGCAAUUAGUAGAACAGUUGUGGAACCGCAAGCUUGAAUUAGAUCUGGCAUCGCCAUUGGAUCUUCAUCGUGUCAUGACUGCAUUCUAUCAUAAUUGUCAAUAUGAACAAGUUCUCCACUUGUAUGAUUCCUACCCAUCUUUGCAUAUGCACUGGCAAUUUGAUAUUGUGUUGUUAACACUUGCGAAGCUUAGAAAUUGGGAUAGACUCCAAACCGUUUUCGAAUCAUUGUUUCGACAUGAUGAUCUUCCAGAUAUCAACCAUUAUGGUAUAGUUAUCCAGGCGCUGUCACAAUUAGGAAAAGUGGACAUUGUAGACACCCUUUUUUCUAGCUUGUUAGCAAAGUCGAUUAACCCUAGUAUCGAGAUAUUGCAUGGAUUAAUGUACAGUAGACUUGCUUUGGGGGAAGUUCAUGGUGUGGAAUAUUUCUUUAACCAAAUUACGAUUCUUGGCUUAAGGCCAAAUCCGAGAUCAUAUAAUAUUUUGCUGAGGAGCUAUAGAGAUUCUCAUGAGAUUCAAAAGGCUUUAAACUUGAUAGGACAAAUGGCGGAACUCAAUAUUCCUAUUACUAGAUAUGCUGUUACUACAUUGAUAUCUACAUGUACUGAGAGAAGGGAUACUGAGACUGGUGAAGCUUUGUUUGAUUGGGCUCUGUCAUACGGCAUUAAGCCCGACAUUAUCAUGUUCAAUUCGCUGAUCGCUUGUUAUAUGGAAAGUAACUGUCUUACUAAGGCCGAGAAAAUCUAUGAAAUGAUGAAGGAGGGAAGUCACUGUCGUCCUACUGUUGAUACUCUAACUAGCAUGUUAACUGGAUACAGCAGAAUGGCAACUAAAAUCCCCAAUAGCCAGCAGAAAGUCCUAAAACUGGAAGAAGAUAUGAAAAAGUAUUCGAUUUCCCCUGACGAUAGAUGGCUAUCAUCAUUAAUGCAUUACAACCUUAGCAUCAAGAACUUUAAACAAGUUGAAGCAAUAUUUGUUGAUCUCACUAAAAAAUAUAGGGUUGAUACCACCCCAUACCAUUAUUCUAUAAUGAUGGAAGCAUACAUUAUACAACGGAAAUUAAAAGAAGCUGAAGAGCUUUACAAUACCAUGAAACAGCAAAAUGUCAUCCCUACUUUCAACACCCAAGAGAAAUACUUACGACUCAAAAUAUCAGAUCCUGCAGCCAAAGUUCGCCAGGAAGCAGCUGGAUAUCUACAGGACUUUCUUCAGGCCACCGAUAUUAUUGAUUUGGAAUCCAAGCAAUUACCUAGGAAUGUCAUUCCCUUCAGCAUGGUGAAAAGAGUUUCACGAGAAUUCAUGAAGUCGGGUAACUAUGAAUCGGCUCUUGAGUUUAUGAAACCAUAUAAUGAAGAAGGCUAUGAUCCAAAAGAGCAAUUCAAAGUUUCAGCGUUCAUGCUUGAACUAUACGGUCAUGCUGGGUAUUGGUCACUCAUCGAAAAGACAUGGGAAUCGUUUUUAGAGCAAGUACGACGAGCAUAUGUCCCUGUAAAAGUUUCAGAUGGUGCGGAGCCGAGAUAUGAGAAGCGGCUGCCAACUAGGUACCGAGGGACGUUUUGGCAGGCUGUGAAUAGCAAGCUUAAUCAGCUUCAAAAUUUUGGUCAGUACUCUAAAAUGUUAGAUCUCAUUUCGUGGGCUGAAAAAGAGGGACUGGGUGUUACUAGUAAAAAUAUGAACACCCUUGUGAAGGGACUCCUGUUUGAUGAUAAGUUUUUAGUAAAGGCAUUUGAGGUGAGUGAGGAAUGUCUAGCUCCCACUACAGUUGCCAAACUUCAAGCAAAGGGCUCUGGCCACACCCAUCCCCUUUAUGGCCUCAAAUACAAGGAUUACAAUUUAUCUAUGAGUACUUUCAAGGCUUUGGUGAGGAAAUUUGAUCGACUAAUCACAAUUACCGCAUAUGAGGGUAAAUGCUCGCGGUUAAAAGCUUUCAUUCUCGUCAAUGAAAAGUAUCCAAAAUUAAUGAAAUUAUUCUCUUGGAGAGAAAAAUCCCGGACUAAACGCCGUCCAAGGUUAGCAGCCUCGACGUAA